AUGCAUCCAAGAAAGCAGCAUCUUUUCAACUAUCAGGGUUACAUUGGUGCCUACCUGUUGAUUGGCGGCGUUGACCCGACCGGUCCUCAUCUUUAUGAAUGUACCGCCAACACUUCCACGAUGCACAAGGAAUUCGCUGCCCAGGGAUCGGUAGCUAUGCCGCUAUCUCGAUUCUCGAACGACUUCAAGCCCAAGAUGACGGAAGCCGAAGCGAAGGAUCUGGUGCAACGUGCGCUCCACGCCGGUAUGCACGGUGACAACGCAAAAGCCCGGUUUUCGCAAGCCAAAGUCUUCCGCGAUCUCCAAGAGAAAAUCAACGUGCAGGGCUCGUUGUGCCAACAACUAGAAGAUGAUCAGAACGCACGCGAAGCGGCACUCAGAAAACUAACUACUGACGAAAUCGAGGCCAAAGAGAUGCUGGAACAGGUGCUUGGGAAACGUGAAGCUGAAAAGAGCGCCGACGACUCUUUGCGCAGGGGAAUUUCUGAUGAUUGCGAAUACCUCGUUGAAUCGACCUCAGAAAUGGCUGUAAAGCAGAUUGCUGCAAUGGAGAAGCAGCUGAGCGCCCGGGAACACGGCUGUCUUGUCGACGUGCGAGACGACGGCGUAAAUGUCGUCGGCUUGCACCCGGGGCUGCAACAGUUGACACAUAUCAGCCACUACGACGAGAACGGAGACGAGAUUAUGGAUCUCCCCGAUCGGGAAAGUGUCAGCACUGCCUUUGGGAAGGUCAAAGUGACAAUAUAUGGCGAUCGUGCACGCCUACCUCUCGUCACUUUCCAUGAUCUUGGGCUUGAUUCGGAGAGCAACUUCCAAAAUUUCUUCCAAUUCGUGUCGAUCGCCGAGUUCACGGACAAGUUCUGCAUCUACAACAUCAACGCUCCUGGCCAGGAGAUGGAUGCGAAGCCACUGCCUGAGAACUUCCAAUACCCGACGAUGGAGGGUCUCGCGAACAUUGUCGAAAAUGUUGUGGAGCAUUUCAAAUUGCCGCACUUUUUCGCGUUUGGCGUCGGGCUCGGUGCCAAUGUGCUGCUGCGCUACACGUUGAUGAACCAAGACCGUGUCAACGCGCUCAUCCUGGUUAAUUGUGUCCACAGCACCUGCGGCUGGGUCGAGUGGGGUUACGAAAAGGUGAACCAGCGUCACUUGAAGAAUUACGGGAUGACCUCAUUUGUGGCCGACUAUUUGAUGUGGCAUCAUUUUGGGCGUCGCAUCGACGAGUGCUCUUCCGACAUCGUCAGGCAGUACCGGGUCUAUUUCCAGCACCUGCCGAAUCCCACAAACUUGUCUAUGCUGAUUGAUGCCUAUAUAAACCGGACUCCUAUCAACUUCUCGCGUGAAGGCGGCGCGGCUGGGCCGCAGUUGAAGGUCCCUGUCUUGCAGCUCGUCGGAGCUAGCUCGGCAUUUGUCAACGAGACGGUUGAGGUGAAUACCCGCCUGGAUCCGUCCAGGAGCGACUGGAUUAAGGUCUCCGGCUCUUGCGGGCUAGUGCUGGACGAUCGACCGGAAGCCGUCACCGAAGCCCUGAUGCUGUUCUUACAGGGACUUGGAUAUUUCCCAACGAUGAACGUCGUCAAGCUGAUGAAGCAGAUUCACGAGGCCCAAAGCGGCUCCUAUGCGGCCGAACAGCGCUGCGUCGACGAAUGU